AUGUCCUCCUACCUUGAAAAGCAGGCGAACGCCUUCAGAGGCACCCUCUCCUCCGCCGCAACAAAGAUAUCGAAUCCAUCGACCAACAAGGCAUCGUCCCUUGCUGUUCCAUCUUCUCUCGCUCCUCCAUCACCUUCUCCCUCAGCGGCUUCCGAUCCUAAUACUCCUACUACCAAGCGAAAGCGAGAUGCCGCCCCCGAGGUCCCCUACUCACAACCACAACUCACGGGCUACGGCGCUGAGGUCAAGACACAAAUGACCUUUGCUGUUGAAUACCUAAAGAAGAAGGGCGAUUCAAAGACCAUUACAGAAAUUAUCGAUCAUUUGAGCUUGAGAGGUUACGACGAAGAGCAUAAGCGACAGUUGGCUGAGGGACUGCGAGGUCAUCCUCGUGUCGAUUGGAAGCCCGAUGCGAACUUGAGUGAACAGACUUGGAAGACAGGCAGCUAUGCCCACCGUCCUAUCAUUCCAGGAGUCAAAAACGCAACAACCCUUCUGGGCCAUCUCCAAGCAAAGACAGAUGCUUCAGGCGUGUCAGUCAAGGAUCUCAAAGACGGCUGGCCCGACUGCGAGGAUACAAUCUCAGCCCUGGAGCGCGAAUACAAGAUCUUGGUGGUGCGCACGAAGAAGGACAACCUCCCGCGAUACGUAUGGCCCAACGAUGCCUCUCUGCACCAUAGGGUACAGCCAGAGUUUCAAUCUAUGUGGCAGCGUGUUCAGCUACCGCCUAUCGACGAAAUGCACCGCAAGCUCACCAGCGUUGGACAGAAGCCUACGAGCGAAGACCCGCGCAAGGCCAAGGAGGGACAGGCCAACAAGCCUAAGGUGCAGAAAAGGCGCAAGGGCAACAGGAUCGGAAAGGCUACCAACGUUCACAUGGCGCAUCUUAUGCAGGACUACAGCGGUAUGCGCCGAUAG